AUGUUUGAUAAAACUAUUGAUGAUAUGCAUGAAAAUCAUAAUGAAUUGGAAGAAUAUUUACAUUUGGAUAUAAAUCAAACAAAACAACAACAUAUCAAACAGCCAAUAUCAACUAGACAUACGAAUAUUCAUUCAAAUCUAAAACAAACUCUUUUAAUAAGCAAACAAUUAACACCAUAUCCAACAAAACUUCAAUCAAAAGUAACUAUCAUAGGUACAGAUCGAACUACAUUUAUAUGUGCAUUAACUAUGGCUUUAAAGCGACAUGUCAGUGAAAUAGUUGUAUUCGAUCAAUGUUAUAAUCGACAGAUGAAAAUGUGUUUUUAUGAUCUUGCUUGUGCUUUUCAACUUUGUCCUAUUUCUCGUUCAGUCAAUCUUAUAUAUACAUCUGAUAUUGCAUAUACAUAUCGAUCGGAUGUUAUUCUUAUUACAGAAAUGAAUAAUAAUAUAAAUAAGGAACAACAUAAUAAAACAUUUUCAUUAAAACAAAAAGCUCAACAAUUCAUCAAUAAUCUUCAUGGCGUCUCUCCAUAUGAUUACAAUUCAUUAGUUGUUAAAUCAUUAGCCGGUAAUCAUUGUCAUGCUGGACAAGUAUGUGGAUUAAGUUCAAGUAUCUAUAAUCAUCGAUUACGUUAUGCUAUUAGUCAAUUACUUGAUAUACCAAGUAAACAUAUAACUGGUUUUACAUUAGAAAAUCCUGAUAAAUCAAUAGAACCAUAUUGGCCUAGUAUUACUAUAAAUGGUCAAAGUAUAAAAUUAACUAAAGAUGAUAAUAGAGAAGUAGAAGUAAUUUUUAUCGAUCAAUCGAUGAGUAACAAUGCAUCACAAAAUAAAUAUCAACCAAUAAAAUUAAAUACAAUUAAGAAUGAUACAGCAAUGAAAAAACCUAAAUAUUCAACCAAGCCAUUGUCAAGUUCAAAUAUGAAAAAUUUCAUAAAACAAACUAUUAAUCAAAAAAAGAUUACUUCUUAUCAUCGAAAAAAACAUGAACCUGUUUUGUACACGAAUAAGAAUACAUCCGUUCGAAUUCAACAAUGGAUUCGUUCGAGUACACUUCUUCAAUCGAUCAAAAACAAUCAUAAAAUUUUCAAACAAAUAAAACAUUAUCAACAAAUUGAAUCAGGCAUUUCGAAUAAUUCAACAAAUAUUAUUGAAUCACAACAAAAUCUCUUUCAAUCAAUUCAAGAUCAACUUAUUAAACAUUUAAAUGGAUGGCAUUAUCUACAAAUAUUAUAUCAUCGUCCAUGUUACUAUACUUUAGGCAUGAAUUUAUGUCAAGUCAUUCGUUCUAUUAUGAGUAAUUCACAAGAAAUGCUUAUUUUAUCAAUUUAUAUUGAAUCAUUUCUCAAACAACAAUUCACAAAUAAAGUAAUAAAUUAA